AAGAGAGGAGCCGGUGACACAGUUUUGAGCCCGUACCUUAACAGGUGAACUUAAACGAAUCAAAUUUCUGAAAGGAAACAAAAUAUAAAAAAAAAAAGGUGACUCAAUGAAGAUUCCUGUAGCCUACACAAUUGUUGAAGUGUGCUAGAACAGAAAUAAAUAACACUUCGUUUGCUGCUGUGUUCUUGCAGACAAAAAUGUCGACGAAAUAGUUGCUGGAAUUAUUAUUAGAAAAUAACAUUUUAAAGGAAUUGUAUUCCUAGGCAUUUACAGCAGGAUAUUGCCAAUCUAUAAAUAGGCAAGGCCACAGAACGUGCUCUAGGCUUUUAAAUGAUAAACAGUUCAAGCCCCCAGUUCAGAUUUGCUUCAUUACUGCGGAAUGAGGAUAUACUGGGAGAUAACUCAGUUAUGAAAAGGAGAUAACUCAGGAUAUCAAGACGAUAACAGUAUUGAUUCUUCUUGUUGAUUUCUUUGACGUAUCAUUGAAAAGUUAAAGAACAAUGGCCGGGGAUAGGCUUCACUGGGGCGAUUGGAUCGUCAUAGCUGGCUACUUCGUCUCUGUUAUAACUGUGGGACUAUUAUCAUCAUGUCGAAACAGGGGGUCUGUAGGAGGUUACUUCCUUGCUGGGCGAAGCAUGCACUGGAUACCAGUUGGAGCCUCUCUGUUUGCAAGUAACAUUGGCUCUGGACAUUUUGUUGGAUUAGCUGGGUCAGGAGCAGCUGGUGGCAUUGGGAUCGCUGUCUUUGAACUGAAUGCCAUCUUCAUCCUCAUGAUCCUAGGAUGGUUUUUUGUACCUGUGUAUGUCGCUGCUGGGGUAUUUACGAUGCCCGAGUACCUGAGAAAGAGAUUUGGUGGUCAGCGAAUCAGAAUCUAUCUUUCAAUUUUGGCUUUGAUUUUGUAUGUCUUUACAAAGAUAUCGGCUGAUCUCUACUCUGGUGCCAUUUUCUUGACACAAGCUAUGCCAGAGCUCAACCUUUAUGUUGCAAUAAUUAUUUUGUUGGCUAUUUCUGCACUUUUCACCAUUGGAGGUGGACUCACUGCCGUCAUUUGGACAGAUUUUAUACAAACUGUUAUAAUGGUGGGAGGAGCUUUUGUGCUCAUGAUCAUGGGAUUUGUAAAAGUAGGUGGCUAUGAAGAACUUCGGCAUCGUUACUUUUCUGCAUAUCCUAACACAACACUUGCGCAUCUGGGCAAGGAUGACAACUAUUCCUACACUAAUUGUGGCAUUCCUCCCAGCAAUGCUUACAACUUUGUUCGAUCUGCUGAUGAUGGUAGCUUGCCAUGGCCAGGUGUUUUUAUUGGUUUGACCAUCUCCUCAGUUUGGUACUGGUGCUCUGACCAGGUAAUUGUUCAAAGAGCCUUAGCAGCCAAAAAUUUAUCUCAUGCUAAAGCUGGAUGUCUCUUGGCUGGCUAUUUAAAGUUCUUGCCAAUGUGGCUUAUAGUAUUUCCUGGCAUGAUAGCAAGAGUUCUUUAUACUGACACAGUGGGUUGUGGUGAUCCUGAGGUCUGUCAAAAGGUAUGUGGCCAAGAUAGCUGUACAAACAUUGCCUUUCCAACAUUGGUUCUGGAACUGAUGCCAGAUGGGCUAAGAGGUCUCAUGUUGGCUGUGAUGAUGUCAGCUUUGAUCUCAUCCUUGACCUCCAUCUUCAACAGCAGUAGUACUAUAUUCACAAUGGAUAUAUGGAGGAGAAUCAGAAAGUCUGCAACCGAUGUGGAGCUGAUGAUAGUUGGCAGGUUGUGUGUCUUGAUACUUGUUGGUGUUGGCAUUGCAUGGAUUCCAUUGGUUCAAAGUGUGACAGAACUUUUCCACUAUAUUCAAGCCAUCACAAGUUUCUUGGCUCCACCUAUAUGUUCAGUGUAUGUGUUGGCCAUCUUUUGGAAAAGAACAAAUGAAAAGGGAGCUUUUUUUGGUUUAAUGGUUGGUCUGGUCAUUGGACUGAUCCGUUUCAUUUGGGAGUAUUCUUACCGCAACUACCCUUGUGGGGAGGAAUAUAAGUCAGAGAAACCAGAUAUUGUUGGCAAAGUGCACUACUUACAUUUUGGCAUUAUCCUGUUUGCCAUUGUCACCUUGGUGACAGUGGUGGUUAGUUUACUGACAGCUCCAAUAGCUGAUGUUCAUCUUGAACGUCUGCUUUUCUGGAAUAGAUAUAGUACUCGAGCAAGAGUGGAUUUAUCAGAAGUAGAAGAAGAGAAACCAGAGCCGAUGGAAACACAAAAGUCCUUUCAGGAUGACUAUGACAGUCUACCAUGGUAUAAAAAAGCUGGCCAGUGGAUUUGUGGUAUUGAGAAGAUGAAUGCACCAGAGACCCAACUAUCUCCAGAAGAGCUACAAGCCAUCGAAGAUAAACAGACGUCCAUUCAUGAGCAAACAUUGUGGAGACGUAUACUUAAUAUCAAUGCUCUCUUUUUAAUGGCAGUUGCAGCUUUCACAUGGGGAUUUUUUGCUUAAGAGUAGUAUCAUUUCAAAGAUUUGAUUUGUGAUAUAAUUCUCAAAGUGUUAUAUCCUAACUCUGUUUAUUAAGAGAUGUUUUUUAUCUAUUUAUUUCAAGCUAGAAUACCAUAGCUGUGAACUUGAUGAAAUGUUUAUGAUGUAUAUCAAAUUGUUAAUGUACAUUUUAACCCAAAAAUUUCAUUCAUUUAACUUUUUCUAAGUCAUUAAAUUAACUAUAUCUGUUUAAUGUAAAUUAUCACAUAAAAAAAACUGUGUAAAACAUACACUCUCGUGAUAGCUUGGUAAUGAAAAUCCAAAUGCUUGAGACACUUCAUUUUAUUGGAUAAAUAGUAUUAUUUGUAUAAAAUGUCUCAAACUUUGGCAACUUGUAUAUAUAAUGAAUAAUUUCAGUCCAGGGUAGUAAUAACAAAAAAAAAAGUUUUUUCUGUUUCCAAAGCAAAUAAAAAUAUAGUAUAAAACUUUACUAGCCCAAUAGUUGUACCUAUAGUUUAACAAGUCUAGAAUGUAAGCUAAGACUUUAGUGCACACUUGUUAGGCUUCUGUGAUUCAGUUCAAUAGUGGUACUGACAUUAUUGACAGAGGGACAACAUAUUUAAGACAUUAAGGAAUAAGAAUGGUGGCUCAAAGAUGUCUCUAGUAUAAAGAAUGUUGAGGAAGGGAAAUAAUAGAAAAAAAUUCUUUACCAUAUAUUUGAUAAAAUAUGCUUUGAUGUUUAUCUGGAUCUUUGAUAAAAUAUUAUGCUUUGAUGUUUAUCUUGAAUCUUUGAUAAAGCAUUAUGCUUUGAUGUUUAUCUUGGGUUUAUGUCCAUGAACCAAAGAAACUGAUGAUCUUAACAUCAUCACCAUGUCUGAAAGAGGAACGUUCCUUUUUUACUCGAUGUCUCUUCAGAAAAUUUAUAUUUGUUUUAAAAAAACUUCUGAAGCAAUGUCAGAAUUCAUGAAGCACAUGAAAGUUUUGAUUUCAAAAAAUGUAUUUCUGUUCAAAGAAAUGUAAGAAUUUAUAUAGAGGGCUACAGUAGCUUCUUAGUCUGUGUUUUUUUAUCAUCAGCUUUAUGAUAUACAGUAAUAAAAAGUUGUGGUUCUAGUUCUAGUAAGAAACUUUUCAUAGAAUAUUUAUUACAGUGAGUCCUCACUAAAUGAUUGGUCUGUUUAAUGACAACUCGAAGUUAUGAUGGACUUUCACGAAUAACCAUUAAUUCUGUUUACUUCCAAUAAAAGACCGAAUUUCAAAGAUUUGACAGAUGGCCGAGCAAUAUUUUUUUUAUUUUGCAUGGCGAGGCAACAGUGACAGCAAAGUGAUGUGUUGUGUACGAUUAGCCGGGCUGAGACAGCUCAUCUGGGUUUGCAAUUGCUCGUUCUCACACCAUACAUAGAACUUUAAUGUGUUAGUUUUUUUUUCACAAUUUUAUAAUCAAAAGGUAUCCCAUCAACAUGGCUGACAAAAGGAAAACUACAGGUAUGCGGUUAGGGUCUACACUACAUGGAGGAUAUAUAUAUUACCUCCUUUAUUAGAUUAUUACAACUACAAGUGUAUACAAUAAUGUAUCAAAAGAAAAAAAAUUACUACGACUGAGUGUAUCUGUGUGUCUGAGUGUAUGUUAUCACACAUUAAAGUAAAACUUAUUGACACUUCAGAUCAGAAAGUUAUUAUACAGUUUAUCUAGCUUUUUUAAAUAAAAAUUUGUAACAUCUUUUCUCAAAUCACAUUUACAAAUUGUCAAGUAUAGAGACUUAUUAAUAAUUGUUUUUUUUAUUAAUCUCAGGUUAUUGAAUACCAUUCAGACUUUGGUUGCUUAAAAAUCUCAAAACAUUAUAUUUUUUUUAUUUUUGUGAAUCUGGUCUUUAAAUGCCUUUUCUUUAUUUUUGUGAUGUUCUUUUAACAUAAUGCAUUUUAUUUGAUUUAUACUUCAUUUUUUUUUACUAGAUUUAGUAUAAAUUCUAUUCAAAAGUUGAAAUGUAUUAAAAAAAAAAUUUCUGCAGAAAUCAAAUGUUGAUGAUAUAAAAUAAAAACACUUUUAGAUUUGAAGAAAGUACAACAUUUUUUCCACACCUACAUCGUUGUCUAGUGCCUCUUUUCUGUUCAUCUACUGAAAAUAUCUAGUUGUUUUUGUUUUGAUAAACAUCAUUCUUCUUAUGUUAUUGUAAUUUUAUGUAAUAAAUAUUUAUCUUUAUUAACAAA